ACACCCCACCCCCUCCUCGCUCCUCCGCCGCCCUGGCUUUCUCUAGCUCCAACCGCCGCGGGAGCCGGAGCCGGAGCCGGAGCCGGAGCCUGGGCUCUACUCGGGGCCGCGUUGCCCCCGUCCCUGUCAGGCGCUGCGGGCCGAGGAAGAGGGCCGUCAUGGAGACCCCCGGAGGCGGAGCGCGCUGAGGCCUGCGGGCCCCCGGGGGGGCGCUACGUCCAGUCCGCUCCAGGUGAAAAGCCCAUUUCUGGUGCCUCGAAGACAGAAGUCAGGGGCUCGCCCCCAGACCCGCGGUCAGUCGACUGGGAGACAUGGCUCACCUGAGGGAGUUUGCUAACCAGCACUCCCGUGUGGACCCCGAGGAGCUUUUCACCAAGCUCGAGAGGAUCGGGAAAGGCUCCUUUGGGGAGGUGUAUAAGGGUAUCGACAACCGCACCAAAGAGGUGGUGGCCAUCAAGAUCAUCGACCUGGAGGAGGCCGAGGACGAGAUUGAGGACAUCCAGCAGGAGAUCACCGUCCUGAGCCAGUGUGACAGCCCCUACAUCACGCGCUACUACGGCUCCUACCUGAAGAGCACCAAGCUAUGGAUUAUUAUGGAAUACUUGGGUGGUGGAUCGGCCUUGGAUCUGCUAAAGCCUGGGCCUUUGGAGGAGACCUACAUCGCCACGAUCCUGCGGGAGAUCCUCAAGGGUUUGGAUUACCUCCAUUCCGAAAGGAAGAUCCACCGAGACAUCAAAGGGCCUGUGUGGGGGCAACCUCGGCCCUCUUGGACACCCUUUGUAGAAGCCCCUUAUAGAGGAGGCGCCCAUGGAAACCUCCCUGCCUCGUCAUGGUGCUUUGCUGCUGCUUCAGCUCCAGAGGCUCGAGGGAGCAGGCUCCAGGAGGCCUGGAAUUUCUCUGACUCUGCUGCUAACGUCCCAAGUGACCUCAGGCCACUCACUCCGACCUGCUGUGCUGUUCUCCUCAUUUCUGCCAACGUGCUUCUCUCCGAGCAAGGCGAUGUGAAGCUGGCAGAUUUUGGUGUGGCCGGACAGCUCACAGACACCCAGAUCAAGAGGAACACCUUUGUGGGGACCCCUUUCUGGAUGGCGCCAGAAGUGAUCAAGCAGUCUGCGUAUGACUUUAAAGCAGACAUUUGGUCCCUGGGAAUUACAGCCAUUGAGCUGGCCAAAGGAGAGCCUCCCAACUCAGACCUUCAUCCCAUGAGAGUUCUGUUCCUCAUCCCCAAAAAUAACCCCCCGACCCUGGAGGGCCACCACAGCAAGCCCUUCAAAGAGUUUGUGGAAGCUUGCCUGAAUAAGGACCCUCGCUUUAGGCCCGCGGCCAGGGAGCUGCUGAAGCACAAAUUCAUCACUCGCUACACCAAGAAGACGUCCUUCCUCACGGAGCUGAUUGACCGAUACAAGCGCUGGAAGUCGGAGGGCCGGGGGGAAGAUUCCAGCUCCGAGGACUCAGACAUUGAUGGAGAUGCAGAGGAUGGUGACCAGGGCCCCAUCUGGACUUUCCCCCCAACCAUUCGCCCGAGCCCGCACAGCAAACUGCACAAAGGCAUGGCCCUGCAGGCCUCACAGAAGUCUGCAGAACCCAUCAAACGUCAGCCCCGGUCCCAGUGCCUCGCCACCCUUGUCCGGCCAGUCUUCGGAGAGCUCAAAGAGAAGCACAAGCAGACCGGAGGCAAUGUGGGAGCCAUGGAGGAGCUGGAGAACGCCUUCAGCCUUGCUGAGGAGUCUUGCCCUGGCAUUUCUGACAGACUGAUAGCACAUCUGGUGGAACGGGUCCAGAGGUUCUCCCACAGCCGGAACCACCUGACGUCGGCUCGCUGACGGGUCGGGAGGGAGGCCGGCAGUGGGCCUCUCCCUGACUUCCUAAGAACUGACCUCAGAGCCGUUGGGUUCUGCAUCCGUGGCCCCCAUUGCAGGCGCUGCCAGGCCGGGCUCCACGGCUGCCUUUGGACGCGUCACUUGGUGGAGAGCUGUUGUCGUUUUCGUCAUUGUCAUUAUUCCUGUUCUAAGCGAAGCUCAUGAAAGGCUGGGACAAUGCCUGCCCGUGGGGGAGGGGCUGGGCAUCUACCGAGGGGGGUGGGGGGUGGGGGUGGUCAGGGCUGGCUGGCCAGGCACUGUCUGCCCGACUCACCAGGUACAAGCCGAAUCAAGCAACUGGUCUCUGCUCAGUGACGUUCUGGGAAGAGCUGGAACCUUUAUCCGGAGCCUGGCACUGUGUGGCUGCUGAAGGUGGCCCCAGUGCAGCCCGGUGCCCUCCCUCUGCCAGGAUGCCAGAUACACGGUUCCUGGGAGGAGGGGCAGGAACCCCACGUGCCCCCCACCCCUGCCCAGCCCAGCCCUCAGACUUUGUCUUGUUUGUGAUGGUAGUUGACGCCUUUGUGGUAUUGAAUCAGGCCCCUCGUCUUCCUCCCACACACGCCAGAAUCACCCCAAACAAAGGGGUUUUUGGUGGAGGUGGUUUGUUUUUUAAAGAACUAGAACCCUCACUUGUUUCCUUCAGUAUUCAAAGAUGUUGGUUUUCAAAGAGCAUUGAAAGGGACCGGCCACUUUCAAUAAAGACGACCUGAGACCAUG